GGCGCCCCUAUAUCUUAGACUUCAGAGGACUUAGAGCGGGCACGGGUUCGAAGCCAUGUUCAGCGCUGAAGAACGGAGCCACAUCGUCCAGAUUUGGAACUACCUGUCUGGUCAUGAGGCCAUUUUCGGGACUGAGUUGUUGCAGAGGUUGUUCACCGUAUAUCCCAGUACGAAAAGCUACUUCCCACCCUUGAUCCCUGGCCUGGAGCUAACCCAGAUGCAGAACCACGGGGAACAGAUAUUGAUGGCCGUGGGUGUGGCCGUGGAUAACAUGUAUGAUCUUCGGACUGCCCUGAGCGGUCUGGCUGAUCUGCAUGCCUACAGUUUAAGGGUGGAACCGACCAACUUCCAUUUCCUGAUCCAUUGUUUCCAAGUGAUGCUGGCUUCCCACCUGCAGUCAGAAUACACUGCAGAGAUGCAUGCAGCAUGGGACAAGUUUCUGACCAAUGUGGCGGUGGUCCUAACAGAGAAAUAUCACUGAGGAAGCCUGAGUUGCCUUAAAAGAAAUUGUCUUCUUUUACCCUCCAAACAAAAUAAAAUUCUCAGUUUUCUCUAAA